AUGGACCUAGGCUAUUCGUCUCAACAGAGUGUCCCAGCGGCCUAUAGUCGGCCAGUGCGUUUACGAAGUCAAAAGGAAGUCGGAAUAGGAAAUAUGUCACAGAAUGCUUCGAAAAGCUGUUCUCGAAUGGUCUUCUGGGGCCGAGGGCAGCAAGGGAUCGCUGCUCACGAUCGAAUGUUAUAUCAAUCUCUAGCGGAGUAG